AAAAAAUUGCCUGUUUGUGACCUUUGCCAACUUUUAUUACUGGUUAUUUUCCUAUUUCCUCCGCUUACAGGCCUCAUCAGUCUGGGAGCUCCUUGGAGACAAGCGCAAUAUCUCAGUUUUUUUCUCUAACCUCAGUCCAGAACAGUGUUUGGUAUUUUAUUCCCCAAAUGCUUGCUAAAAUGGAAUUGAAUGAACUUAAUUUACUGGCAUAACUCUUUGGAGACUUUACCAUUAUUAUUUCUAUUUUACAGAUGAGGAACACAAGACGCAGAGGUUGAAUAAUAAUAUUCAGUCUCACAAACGGCACAAUUGGGAUCAGUCAGGCCUUCUGAUUUUAAACCACGGGUUUACGGAAAUUGUCCUGCAUUUUGCCCGCGACCUGUCUUCUUUCGGGUAUCAACUGAGGAUUAUAAAUGAAUUUAAACAACAUUAACCUCCCUUAGGCACAACGGGUCCCUUCCUUUUUCCACGGUAGAAAAAAAGACGCCUCUUCUUUUCCUUCCGCUUUGUGCUCCGUGGCUCUUUUGGCCCCGGCGACUCGCCAUCGCCCGUGAGGAGGCGUUUGCGAGCUGAGGUGAUGGCGACUGGGACGCCCGAUUCGCAGGCGCGAUUCGGCCAGUCGGUGAAGGGGCUUCUCACGGAGAAGGUGAACACCUGCGGCACCGACGUGAUCGCCCUCACUAAGCAGGUGCUGAAGGGCUCGCGGAGCGCGGAGAUGCUGGGCCAGGCAGCUCGAAAUAUGGUACUGCAGGAAGAUGCCAUCUUACACUCCGAAGAUAGUUUGAGGAAAAUGGCAAUAAUAACAACACAUCUGCAAUACCAGCAAGAAGCUAUUCAGAAGAACGUUGAGCAGUCCUCGGAUCUACAGGACCAGUUGAAGCAUCUGUUGAAAUAGAGCAGCUUAUAAAAAGACUUUGCCUGAUCCCGAGGAGGAAACACCGUUGUGCUGUGGGUUUGAUUUUCCGUUUUCUUCUCCAGAAGUUAAGUUAGAAAAGGUCUGUGAAGAUGUGGAGGUUCUCCUGGAAAGAAGCUAGGCAGCUGAAUUUUGGAAGCACUUCUUGAAUCCCAUGCUAACCCAUGGGUACUAACCCAUGCUCUUCUUGAAUGUUUAAGUUGCUGUAUUUUCUUAAGGUGCUCUAUUAGAUUGAUGUUAAAGCAAAAUUAAAAGAUGUCUUAGUUUUUCCCAGAGAACUUUAAUGUCAAAAGCCAUGUUGUUUAUGUGUGAUUCUUAAACAAAUACCAGUUGUGUUUUAAAUUCAGAAAUAGAGCUUCUAUUGUGAACAUAGAAUUGAUUCAUAUUCUUUUUAAAGAAUAUUUUCUUUUAAUCAUAAAUUCAGGAAAUAUUUUAAUUUUCUGGUCAAAGAAUGGUGAUGGGUAAUACUUGUUUUCUUUUCUAGUAAUUCGGGAGAUACUUAUUUUAUUCAUUGUAGCAAAUACCCAAAUGAAAACGAGGCAAAUCAUCUCAUAUCUGGCCAGCUGCAAACUCCUGCCUUGACCUGCAUUCCUAGGUUUCUUUGUUGUGACUCUUGAUUAUGUGGCCUUGGGUUUGUUUUGUAACAUUGCUAGUAAUCAGCAGAUUCACGUGUGUGGCAUUGCCAAAUGCCAAGGCAGUUGAGUUACUGGGAAUGACCUCGGCGUAGGGAGUGCCUUGGGGAAAGCCUUAGGCUUGUGGACAUUUACCUGUGGUCGCUGACUUCAUCUCGUUAAAUGGCAUUCCCGUCGUCCACAGUUAAGUCUGAAUGUCUUUGCUUGAAUUUUACAUGGGAUUCUUUCCUGCUCCACUUCAGUUCUUAAUUUACAAAGGGACUGGGAGGAAUCCAACAUAAGAAAAUGAAUUUUUCCCUGGAAGGGAAAAAAAUGAGUCCAAUUUAGUUCACAUUACACGUCAUCAGAUUGACUGAUCACAUCAGAUUGCAUUUAUUCCUCAUUGUACAUGUACAUGUUAACUUAAGGGUAAGAAAAGCAGAUGAGGUGUGAAGGAAUUCACUGUUGCAUUUAUUCUAUAAACUUUUAUUAUAAUUAUGAAAUAUAAACAGGCUCAAUUUAACUUAAAAAGAAGGGUUGCAAACUUAGAGUGAAUGUCAUAUUGAGAGGACAACAUUUGAAGCGUUAUCGAUGACAUUGCCAUCACUGUUUCUCUUCAGCAUUUUGUUGGCGGUUAUGCCUAGGACAGAACUUAAAAAUAAGUGUAACUAUAGCAAUGAAGGGACAGAGUUAUUAUUAUUAUCAUAUAGUAAGAUUAUCUGCUUAGAGUAUCUAAGGACUGGUUUUUAAAAAAAGGUCUCCAAUUUAGAAAGCCAAAAUUCAACCAUCUAAGUACCAAAGAAAUACUUAAAAUGAGAAAUUAAAAUAAAAGUAUGCUCUGUCAUGCUGGAACAAAUAGGAAGAAGCAGUGAUUGCUUACAUUAUAUCUGAUAAAAUAGAUUUCACAAUCAAAAUGUUAAUGGUGAAUAAGCUUAUUUAAUGUAAAGAUAAAAUUUACAUUAAAUAAUAAAAACCUACCAGUAUUGAAUUUAGUUAUUUUGAAGGCCAUAAUGCCAAACUACAUGAAAGAGAAGGACCCAGAAAUGUGAGAACAGACUGAAAUAUAGACAUAAUUCGAUAGUUUUUUAAGAUUUUAUUUUUUUAGAGAGAGGGAAGGGAGGGAGAGAGGGAGAGAAACAUCAAUCAGUUGCUUCUGACACGUCCCUAACCAGGGACCUGGCCCAAACCCAGGGAUCUGGACCAAACCCAGACUGGGAAUUGAACCAGCGACCCUUUGGUUCAUAGGCCAGCAUUCAACCCACUGAACCACACCAGCCAGGGUGACAGCUUGUUUCUCAUAGAAAUAGACAGUUUACAUAGAAUUAAAUGGUGAUCAGACAUAAUGGAAAUGAAAAGAACUUCUUUAAAUAAAUCUGUGUUGUAAAGGAUAUGUUGGAGGAAUAAUAUUUUUAAACUAAUGAAAAUUCAAAUUCUAUGCAAGAAAAUUUAUGUGAUGAUACCAAAGCAUUUGUAUAAAGAAAAAGAUACGCUUUAAAUCUCUGUGUUGGGGUAAGGGUAGAAAUAAGUGUUGUUUUUUUAAAAGGGGUUUGUGAUUAGAAUUUAGAAAGAAAACAAAAUAAAUCAAAAUGGAAUAAGAAAACUGAGCAUGAAUGACAACAAUCUGAAAAACAUAUGAAACCAUGAAUUGGUUCUUACAGAUAAAUAUUGUCAGCUUAAUAAUAAAAACACAAAUUAAUAAAUUUAUAGUGGCAUAGAAGAUAUAUAAAAUGAAUCAGUUAGAUUUAGAAAGAGUUAUCUGUCAGCUUGAUGCUAACAAUUUUAUUACUAGUAUCAAAAUGUCUGGCUCUUGUAAGAAUAUAAUAUUAUAAAACUGACAUUUAGAAGAGACUAUUCAAGACUGGUUAGGAGAAUUAAUCCACAGAUUGUCAAAAAGAACCAAUUAAAAUGUCAUUUGCUUGUGACGGCUUUCUUGAGACUUUUCUUAACUGUCAAAGAAGAUAUUUCCAUAUACUUGUAAGGUACAGAAAAUGAUAGUAAGAUAUCCAAGUUAUUUGCUGACCUAAUGUGGCUUUCAUUAAAAAAAUAAAAAGAGCCCUGGCUGGAGUGAUUCAGUGGAUUGAGCGUGGGCUUGCGAACCAAAGCCUUGCUGGCUCGAUUCCCAGUCAGGGCACAUGCCUGGGUUGCAGGCCAUGUCCCCAAGUAGGAGGUGUGCUAGAGGCAGCCACACAUUGAUGUUUCACUCGCUUUCUUUCUCCCUCCAUUCCCCUCUCUCUAAAAAUAGAUAAAUAAAGUCUUUAAAAAAAAAGCAAGAUAACAUGAGAAAAUUUAGGAGAUUCUUAAUUAUGAACAUAGAUGCAAAAUCUUAAUAAAAUGUCAGGAAAUUUUAAUAGAGAAAUAUUUUGGAGAAUUGCUACAAUAAUUCCAGAAUUGCAAAGUUGAUAUAACAGCUGCAAAAUUCGUUACAUUAAGAAGCAAUAAAAUUUCUGUAAUAGACACCAGAAAGUCAUUUGAAAAAAUUCAACUUACAGUUCUUUAAAAAAAUCAUUAUUUUAAAAUUAUUUUUAAAGAUUUUAUUUAUUUACUUUUAGAGAGAGGGGAAGGAAGAGAGAAUGAAAAGAAGAGAAAUAUCAAUGUGUGGUUGCUUCUUGCCCACCCCCUCCUGGGGACCUUGCCUGCAAGCCAGGCACAUGCCCUGACCGGGAAUCGAACUGGCGACCUUUAGGUUCUCAGGUCAGGACUCAAUCCACUGAACCAUACCAGUCAGGGCUUAACUUCUAUUUCUUAUUAAAAUUUUAAAAAAUUGUUUCUAAAAGAGUAUGUUUUAAACCUAAGAACCAACGUACAAUAUUUGGCGAAGAGGAGAGAAUCACAGGAGCCCGGCAUAUUAGAGUGGUAUGAGGCCUCAAAAAGUGAAUAAAUUUUGGCCCCAUGUUUUACAGAUGAAAAACUAAAGCCAGGAAGAUGAAAUGACUUACCGAAGGUCACCGAGCUUAAGUAGGUCUUUAGAUUACUAAUCUAGCUCUCGAUUUUGUUGCUUUCCUUAUAAAUAGAAACUAGGGUUGCUGCCUGUUACUUCUAGUACUUAACAUUAAUAUGAAGGAAGGGAUGUUGGAAGUAAUUGGAUCCAGUCUGUCCCAGCUCUGCGUCUCUGGCGAGUAGACAUCUAGCUCCUGCUCGAAUGCUUACAGUGUUUGGGGAAUCCUUUCCUUAGGGAUGCUGGCCAUUUUGGAAAACCCUAUUUUUUUAAAGAUUUUACUUCUUUAUUUUUAGACAGAGGAGAAGGGAGGGAGAAAGAGAAGGAGAGAAACAUCAGUGUGUGGUUGCCUCUUGUGGACCCCUUACUGGGGACCUGGCCGAAAACCUAGGCAUGUGCCCUGACUGGGAAUCGAGCCAGCAAUGCUUUGGUUCGCAGGCCCAUGCUCAGUCCACUGAGCCACACCAGCCAGGGCGGAAAGCUCUACUUUUUGAAUGAUUUCUGUGUACAGAACCAAGAGCUGACUUUCUGAACUGUCCUGUAGUUGUCAGAUGAGUAUAUUCCAAGGUGGGGUAUGUGGAGGUUCACACAAGGCCAUCUUUGGAGGUAAAGGGAGAAAAUAUGAAAAUUUCUGUGUACGUUUCUUUCUUAUCUUAAAAAAGAAAAUUAUGCUGAUAUUUAAAAUAUGACUUGACAUAGGAGCUCAGAUUUGGUCUAUGGAGCAUACUGAUCUACAUAGUGUACCUGCCAUUUAGGGGUGAUAUUAACAAGAACAAUGAAAACUGUAGCCAAGGCACCGACCCACCAGAAUGAAUGAGGGUCACAAGGAAUGUGGUUCAGAAUCAGCCCUGCACACUCGGUCUGAGGGAAAACUGGGAAUGACUCAGUCUGAAUUGACAGUGAUUUGCUUUAUUGUGGUUUAUUUGUGUGUUAAGUGGGUUUAAGGCUUAUUAAAUGAUUCUUAUGAAUAACCACUAAUUGGAGAUAAUAAAACAAAGCAAGCACAAGUGGGCAAGUGGAAAUGAUAGAGCCCUUUCCUAACAUACCACUGAGCUGACCCUUCAAGAUGAUACAGAUACAGAUACCACUUUAACAAGGAGUCAGAAAGUGCUUUCCUAAAGGAGCUAAUUUUAUGGAGAGGGUAUUUUGUAAACUGAUAUUUAAGAGAGUUAUGUGAUUGUAAAAAAAAGAUAUGUAUGAAAAACUUCUUUUACAUACUUCAUAAUUGGAAAUAUUCUUAUUUAUAAAAAAUAUUUCAACAAGGAUUGUUUCCAUCCAUGGGUUUAAUUUGUUAAGAAAAUAAAAACACAACUAGUCUAUUCCAAGGUGUAUUGAACAUUACUCCUUCCUUCAUAUUAAUGUUAAAUACUUUCCUAUUAAUAUUUAACAACUAACUGACAUUAGGGAAGAUUGUUAUUGGCAGAUGAAAUUAAAAAUGAGUAUAAUUGGGCCCUGGCUGGGUAGCUCAGAUGGUUAGAGCGUUGACCCGACACGUCAAGGAUGUGGGUUUGAUCCCUGGUCAGGGCACAUACAAGAAUCAACCAAAGAAUGCAUAAAUACGUGGAACAACAAAUAGAUGUUUCUUUCUUUCCCAUCAAUAAAUUUUAAAAAUUGAGUAUAAUUUAGUAAAUCUUUCAUUUAGGUAGCCUUUCACUUGGAAUCCUGUUUCUCCUUAUUGUCCUGAAAACAGAUAUGCUUGUUACAACCACGAAAGGAAAUAAGAUACACAAAUAUAAGUGUGGAAGAAAAAUAAGUAAAUGUAACUUUCUGUAAGAUGAAAUGGUAAUACCCAGUAGACACACAAGUGAAUGGAUCAGAAAUUACUAGAGGUUAAGCAUGAAUGGAGCAGAAGUUGCUUUCCUAAAUAAAAUUCAAAAUGGACUGA